AAGUUGAUAUUGAGAACAUUUCCGCGCGAGUGCAGUGAAAGUGUUUCCAUCACGGAAGAGGCGGAAAAUUUCAGAAGCCGGCAUGUUUUCGCCUCCCGGUGAUAACCCGUCGGGAUCAGUGCCGCCGGUAAAUGGACUGCAGCAGACACAGCAGAGUCAAUUUCAGCAGCCGGGAGUGCCAAUGCAGAAUCAGCAGCCGCCGCCGAAUCCAAUCAUUCGACCAGGAUUAUUCCAACCCAGUGUUUCCCAAGCCAGUACACACGUACCACUGGGUCAACAGCAGCAAGUGCAAUCAAAUGUUUCGUCGAUUGAUCCGAUGAUGCUGCACUUCUUCCAGCAGAUGCAGCAGCAGUUCAACCUACAAUUUCAGCAGCAGCAGGCGUUUUUGAAGCAGCAGGAGGAAAUGUUCCGGACGGCCUUGUCGGCGAUCAGUGUUCAUGUACCGCCAAAUCCGGAGCAAAUUCUCGAUUCGCUAGCGAGUAACAUCCGCGAAUUCCGGUAUGAGCCGGAUCAAAACGUAACCUUUGCUGGAUGGUACGUGCGGUACGAAGAUCUUUUCGCUAAAGACGCCGUUCGACUCGACGAUGAAGCCAAGGUGAGACUGCUGCUACGGAAGCUGGGCCCAUCGGAGCACGAGAGGUACACCAGUUACAUCCUACCGAAAAGCCCUAACGAAAUCCGAUUUGACGACACAGUGAAUAAACUGAAAAGUUUGUUCGGCAUGCCAGAGUCCGUGAUCAGCAGGCGAUAUCGGUGCUUGCAAGUCACAAAGCAAGCCGCCGAGGACUACAAAACGUUCGCCUGCCGGGUGAACAAACUCUGUGUCGAGUUCGAGUUGGGGAAGCUAUCGGAGGAUCAAUUCAAGUGCCUCGUGUUUGUUUGUGGGUUGAAGGCGGAAAGUGAUGCGGAAAUCAGGACGAGGUUGCUCAGCCGCAUUGAAGAGCGGAACGAUAUAACCCUGGAGCACAUUUCGGACGAAUGUCAGCGGCUUCUGAACAUCAAACACGACACGGCGAUGAUAGAGACAGCGUCUUCGUCGGCAGGAGUGCAGCAAGUAAAGAAGCAGUAUAACAGGAGUUUUCGUUCCGGAAGAGCUUCGCCGGAGUCAAGAUCCGGCAGAAACCAGAAGAGUACCGGUCCAGCAACACCUUGCUGGAGCUGCGGUGCUAUGCACUACUCCAAGGACUGUCCGUUCCAGAAACAUCGGUGCAAUGACUGUGGGCAACAUGGUCACAAAGACGGAUACUGUUCCAGUGCGAAGAAGCUCAAGUCUCCAAAUAAGCGGUUCUUGUCCAAGAAAGCGGCAACACGAAGCGUACAGGUGAAGAACGUCCGGAAGCGAAGAAGAUUCGUGAAAGCGGAGGUGAACGGCAGGCAGGUCAGCCUGCAACUCGAUACUGCGUCGGAUAUCAGCAUCAUUUCCAAGCAGACAUGGCAAAGAAUCGGGAAACCUGCGGGAAGUCCGGCUAUAUUGCAAGCCGCCACAGCGUCCGGCAAGCCAUUGAAGCUGGAGUUCCAGUGUAGCUGCAAAGUGGUCAUCAAUGGGAAGAAGCGCAUCGGUCGAUUUGUCAUCGUAAAGCAGAAGCUUAACUUGCUCGGGCUCGAUCUCAUCGAUGCUUUCGAUCUCGGGUCGGUGCCUGUGGACCAAUUUUGCAGUCAGGUCCGCGGCCAUUCUAAGACCGUCAACUCUUUCAAAGCAGCCUUCCCGGAAGUCUUCAGCGAUGCACCAGGGAUGUGUACGAAGGCGAAAGUAAAGUUUACGCUGAAGGAAGGCAGAUCACCAGUGUUCCGACCGAAAAGACCCGUGGCUUACGCCAUGUACAGCACCGUCGACGCCGAGCUGGAUCGGCUAGAAAGUUCCAACAUCAUCACACCGGUCGACUUUUCAGAGUGGGCCGCUCCCAUUGUCGUUGUGCGGAAAGCAAGUGGCGCAAUCCGCAUAUGUGGUGACUACUCCACGGGCCUCAACGACGCUCUUCAGCCGCACCAGUAUCCGCUUCCUUUACCGGAGGACAUCUUCGCCAAGCUGGCGAAUUGCAAGGUCUUCAGCCAAAUAGACUUGUCAGACGCCUUCUUGCAAGUAGAAGUGGACGAAAGCUGUCGGGAGAUGCUCACCAUCAACACUCAUCGAGGACUCUACAGGUAUAAUCGGCUUCCACCAGGAGUCAAAGCAGCACCCGGAGCAUUUCAGCAGCUCGUAGACACGAUGCUUGCUGGUCUCGAACGCACUUCGGGGUACCUCGAUGACGUUUUGGUCGGCGGAGUCGACGAAGAAGACCACAAACGCAACCUUCAAGCAGUUCUUCAUCGCAUUCAGGAUUUCGGAUUCACCAUCAAAGCCGAAAAGUGCUCGUUCGGCCAGCGACGGAUAAAAUACGUUGGACACCUCAUCGAUGAGCAUGGUUUACGUCCGGAUCCAGCCAAAGUCGAAGCCAUCUGCAAUAUGCCAGUGCCGAAAAACGUUUCGGAAGUUCGCUCGUUCUUGGGGCGAUCAAUUAUUACGGGAAAUUCGUCCCUGAGUAUGCGCAAGCUUCGAUAUCCGCUCGAUGAGCUGCUCAAAGCCGACAAUAAGUUCGCCUGGACGGCGGAGUGUGAAAAAUCUUUCACUACCUUCAAGCAGAUUCUCCAGUCCGACUUGUUGCUGACACACUACAAUCCACAGCUCCCCAUAGUAGUAGCCGCGGAUGCAUCGUCAGUGGGCAUUGGUGCGACCAUCAGCCACAAAUUUCCAGAUGGGUCGCUGAAAGUAGUCCAGCAUGCAUCCAGAGCGCUGACACCUGCAGAGCAAGGCUAUAGCCAACCGGAUCGAGAGGGACUCGCGAUCAUCUUCGCUGCGACCAAGUUCCAUAAAAUGCUGUUCGGUCGCCAUUUUACUCUGCAGACCGAUCACGCUCCACUGCUUCGAAUCUUCGGUUCAAAGAAAGGCAUUCCAGUUUACACGGCGAAUCGAUUGCAGCGGUGGGCACUGCAACUUCUCCUCUACGACUUCGAGAUCGUCUACAUCAGUACCGAUAAGUUCGGGAACGCCGACAUCCUGUCGCGGCUGAUUAACCAGCACGUCAAGCCGGAGGAAGACUUCGUCGUAGCAAGCGUCAUCACGGAGAAUGAUGUAAGAUCCAUCGUUUUAGAUGCAGUUGAAGCACUUCCUCUCCAUUUCAGGGCAAUUCAGCAAGCCACCCGUUCCGACCCAGUACUUAACAAGGUCUACCGCUUCAUUCAGCAUGGCUGGCCGCAAUCAAAGAAAGCCAUCACAGAUCAAAAGGUUCAGCGGUUCUUCGACCUUUGCGACUCAUUAUCAACGGUUCAAGGGUGCAUCAUGUUUGCUGAACGCCUUGUCAUUCCAGCGAAAUUCCGGAUGCGUUGCCUCCACCAUCUUCAUCGUGGCCAUCCGGGGAUCCAGCGCAUGAAGGCGAUUGCGCGAAGCUAUGUUUACUGGCCGUCGAUUGAUGCGGACAUCGCUGCGCACGUCAAAGCAUGCAACAGUUGCGCAGCUGCAGCCAAAAGUCCGCCCAAAUCAGCGCCGCUGUCGUGGCCCAAAUCAACGCACCCAUGGCAGCGUGUUCACAUCGACUACGCUGGCCCGAUCGAGGGCGAUUACUUCUUGCUGGGCAUCGACUCGCAUUCCAAGUGGGUGGAAAUCGUCCGAACCAAAUCGAUCACUACCUCAGCUACCAUCUGUAUCCUGCGGAGUCUCUUCGCUCGCCUUGGCAUGCCCGAGACGCUAGUCAGUGAUAACGGUACGCAAUUUACCAGUGCCGAGUUCGCUCAGUUUUGUUUGGAGAACGGUGUCAAUCACGUGACCACAGCGCCGUUUCAUCCGCAAUCCAACGGGCAGGCAGAACGCUUUGUGGACACCUUCAAGCGAGCAAUUAAAAAAAUCCGUGAGGGGAAAGGAGCCAUCCAAGAGGCACUGGACACUUUCUUGAUGACCUACCGUUCCACACCCAAUCCUUCAGCUCCACAAGGUAAAUCUCCGUCCGAAGUUAUAUUUGGGCGCAGAAUACGGACCAGCCUGGACCUACUUCGUCCGCCAACCGUUCCGGAAGUGAACGACCACUCAGGAUCAAGGUCAUUUAAAAAAGGUGAUCCAGUCUACGCCAAGGUGCACACCAACAAUUCCUGGAGAUGGGCAGCUGCGGUAGUCUUGGAGCGAAUUGGAAACGUAAUGUUUAACGUGUGGGUGGAAGACAGGCGUAUGCUUCGGUCGCACAUUAACCAGUUACGUAACCGAACCAGCGCCGGCAGAGUGGCAACAUCCGGGACGACCCCGUCCAGGACAAGCAAUCAACAAUUGCCGCUGGACAUCCUUUUGCAAGCCUGGAAUCUGCACCAACCAAGUCAGCCUCAACCAUCAUGUCCUUCUGCACUUCCAACACCAUCUGCACCAGUGGCACAGAUGCCAUCAUCGCUUGCUGCACCUUUCGAUCAAUCGACACCAUUGCAAGCCACGUCAGUUCAACCGAGCGAAGUCACCAGAGGUUGCUCAGUCGCAUUGAAGAGCGGAACGAUAUAA